AUGCUCAACCUAUACACAUACCAGAUGAUAGCGCUAGGCCAGCCAAGUAAUAAACUCAGUCCUAUACACAGAGAUUGUUUCUGUCCCAGGCUGUUACUCACAUUGCCCAUCUUCAAUGCUAUGGAUCCUGCGGCUAACUUGUCUGUGACACCCUCUGAUGAUGGGUUAGAACCUGUCGACUCUGAGUCAAACAAUGGUGACAUUAACUUUACCAAUUUUCUUCAUUUUCUCAACAGCUACUCUCCUGAGAUGCAGGAGCAGGAUAAAAUGUCAGGACCUCCUGGUUGGUAUCAUUGGAAGGGUGUGAUGGAUGGGUGUCUCAGUGGUAAUGAAGUUGGACUUGAUGUACUCAAAGGUGCUGGCAUAGCUCCAGAGUUGAACAGUAGAUAUAUGAAUACUUGCAUGACCACUGAGUCAAGCAGCAAGGAUACCAAUGUGCAUGGUACUGACAUCACCCUGGAGCCAAGUGCAAAUGAUGUUGAUAGUAAUGUCUCGAUCCAUGCUGGUUGCCAUCUAGAUGAGCCAGAUCAGAUUGUUGAUGAUCAAUAUCACUCCUCUGACUUCACACUCAUUCAUGAUGUUGCAGGGGAUGUUGCUCCUCCUGUGCAGUGUCAAAAUAACACUGUUGAAGGCAUGCAGGUGCAAACUGAAGGCAAGCAGCCAAAUAAGAAACAAUGUCGCUUAGUGUUACAUAUUAGAAAUGAUCACAAUCAGACCAAAGCUCAUAGUGAACAAGAGAGUAGACUUGUUGAGGAUCUGGACAAAGCAUCAAGACUAUUCAGUUUCUUAUACAUUGCAAGGCAAGCUUUCGAUGUGAAGGGAGAUCACUGCCCCAUCAUGGGCAUUCACAAGACACCCAUGUGA